GAGAUCAGGGUCGGUCGUGUCACGUGCAGGACAGGUCGGCCCCUCCCACGCCCUCUCAUUCGCCAGAUCCAGAGGGCAGCCCCAAAUUCCGCCCACACAAGAUUUUGCACCAAAUCUUCGAAAACCCUCGUUCCCUUCUCGCGUGAAAUCUCCCAUUGAUUGCAUUUGUCGUUCAACAGUCGCCAACCACACAACACCGACACGAUGCCUUCCCUCCGCGUUACCUACCGCCGCCGCAACGGCUACAACACCCGGUCCAACAAGACCCGUGUCAUUAAGACCCCCGGUGGUGACAUCCGCCUGCUUCACAUCAAGAAGCGCGGUACCGUCCCCAAGUGCGGUGACUGCGGCAGCAAGCUCUCUGGCAUCCCCGCUCUCCGCCCCCGCGAGUACUCCCAGAUCUCCAAGCCCAAGAAGACCGUCCAGCGUGCCUACGGUGGCUCGAGGUGCGGUAACUGCGUCCGUGACCGCAUCGUCCGCGCUUUCUUGAUCGAGGAGCAGAAGAUUGUCAAGAAGGUCUUGAAGGAGCAGGAGGCUUCGCAGAAGAAGAAAUAAAUGAUGACUACCGAUUACAUUGCCUACAACAGCGAUACACAACCCACACGGCAAAUGUCUUAUUUCGUCUCACGUUGAUGAUCCAAAACUGCGAAGGGAGGGGGAAGGAAGGAUGGUAGAAGGAA